CAUGUGAUAUAUGUUUUGGUGCAGUUUAGUGUAACAUGGCGGUUCUGUCUGUCAAAAUUCGAUGAUACGGUACUCGAAGAUCCAUUUCUGCCGUGUUUCACAUCCGAUGAAUUAACAUUAAAAGAUGCCCGUUGACAUCAAUAGAUUGACAGAGGGUUGGUUAGAACUGGAAAGUGAUCCUGGCUUGUUUACGUUGCUCUUGGAAGACUUUGGGGUGAAGGGCGUUCAAGUGGAGGAGAUUUAUGAUCUGCAAAAAUCCCUCGAAGGUCCGGUUUAUGGUUUUAUUUUUCUAUUCCGUUGGAUCGAAGAGCGGCGAUCGAGACGAAAGGUCGUGGAACAGGACGAGAGUUUUGUCAAGGAUGAAGAGAUUGUCAACAAUAUCUUCUUUGCACAGCAGGUUGUUCCCAACAGUUGUGCGACUCACGCGUUACUUUCGGUUUUGCUGAAUUGUCCGAAUAUUCACCUGGGUACAACCCUAUCUCGAUUGAAGAUGCAUACCUCUGGUAUGUGUCCAGAAAACAAGGGCUGGGCAAUCGGUAAUACACCAGAGCUGGCCUGCGCACACAAUUCACACGCUAUGCCUCAAGCCAAGAGGCGACAAGAUAAGAACACUGGUGUCUCUACAGGCCGCUUCACUGGUGAGGCUUUUCAUUUUGUAAGUUACGUUCCAAUAAAUGGCAGACUUUUCGAGCUGGAUGGUUUAAAACCUUAUCCCAUGGAUCACGGACCAUGGAAGGAGCAUGAGGAAUGGACGGAGCAAUUUAGACGCGUGAUAACUGAUCGUUUAGGUAUGGCCACGGGCGAACAGUUGCAAGAUAUAAGAUUCAAUCUGAUGGCCGUUGUGCCCGACAGACGUCUCGCUAUUUCACAUAAAUUAACAAUGCUGAAAACUAACCGACAAAUAGUUUUGGAGGCUUUACAACAAUUGGUUAAAUUGAGUCAUCAAGAUGGUAAUACUGAAAAGAACUCGCACGAUUCUGACAAAGAGAAGCAAUGUGAGAAAAGGCAUAAAACUGAGGAUGAAAAUGGAUUGCCUACCAAGACAGAGAUGGAAGAAUCGUCUUCGAUUCCCACCAUCAACGUUGAGAGGAAUAAUGAUUCUGCGGUAGUUAUGGAUGAAUCAAUUUCCACUAUUUCAUCUGGGAAAACCGAAUCUAGUGGAAUGGAGAAAGUGGUGAUGUGUGCUCUGGAUUAUGCCACACCGUUACGAAUUCAAACCUCGCCGGCUCACAGUUCAUCGAGCACAGAUACGUCAUCAGAAAUAGGAUCGGCCUUUAAUUCGCCCACUCAAGCUUGGGGUUGGAAUUCCGGUCAGAGCAGCCCUACGUCGACAAAGGACUUUAAGAAAUUUGUAGUAAUCAGAGUUGCCGGUGACGAGAAGAAUGAAGCAGGUCUGAGUCGUUCUCUGGGGAAUAUUAAUAUAAAUGGGAAAAGAUUGGUUUCUGAUAGCGGUCAUCUACACAAGAAGGUCUGCCUAUCGGGAGAAGUCAGGAUACCUCACGCAAGAGUGAAAACCAGCAAUGGCGACACGGUUACGGAGGAAAAAAAAGUUGAGAAAAUCGAUCCCAAACUGUGCUCCAAAUAUCCGGAAUUGUUCGAGCCGCAUACGUUCGCGCCUAAGGAUCUUCUGGCGCUGUUAAAAAAUUUGGAGCAUGAGAUUAGCGUGUGCGAAACUAGCUUGAAAGAUGAGAAUGAUAAAAGAAAUAAAUACAAGAUCGAUGAUUGUCGGAGAACGCAUAAUUACGACGAAUUUAUUUGCACGUUUCUCUCGAUGCUCGCUCAGCAGGGAAAGCUGGCAGAAUUGGUCCAGCAGCAUUUGACAUUGAAGAAGCAUACUUCUGUUUCGGUCAAUAGGGUUCACAGGUCAUCGAAAAAGUCCGACACUCGUCAGAAUUCCUCGCGCAGACGUCGUGGCAGGACAAAAUGUAAGAAACGAAAGUAAUCUCUUUCUAACUUUAAAGUAGGACAGCAUUAUUCCGUUUGUUCGGAACUAUUUGAAUUGUUUAUAAUAGAUAAUUAUAUGUGUAGAAACUAUCAUUUGAUAGUUUUAUAAAAAUCCAUGAUCACUGAAAAGGCUAUAUAUAAUUUUCAAUUGUAGAAUAACACGUUAGUUUCUCUUUGAAUCACCAAUUUUUCAACUUUUGACGUUACUAACAUUCUAACGCAAUACAAAUAAUGGCGCAUGGAUGAUUUUAAUUGAAAUUUUACAUCGCGAUGAAAUUACUUUACAAAUUAACUCGUACAACAUGCAAGUUUAUGCAUACAGAUGUAUAUAUUGUUUUCUAUUCUCUGUAUAAUCAUACAUAAUAUCUAAAUUAUAUUUGCGAUUUGUUUCGUCUACUCUUAAUGAAUACUUUAUUCGUUCUUUUUUUUAAUAUAUUGCAAAAUAUAUGACUUGUUAAGUACGCAGAAAGUAUUUGACUCUUUUUUUUUAUUUUGUGUUUUUUUUUUGUCGAAUUGAAAGAAGAAAAAGAUGUUAAGAAAAGGGGUUUUGUCAAAAACAUUGAAAAUAUUUAUUUAUCGGUAUUCAUAUACAAGUACACUACACGCGCUGCGGAUAUGUCCCUUAGAAUCUAAAUACUUACAUCUCCGAACAGCCGGAGAAAGGAAAACCAAACUUAUCAGAUUGGUUGGAAUUACAAUUUUUUAUCAUAAACUGACGACGGGUUAACGAUCCUCGCCUUUAAGUUGUUUUAUCGUUAAUAUAGUGCAUAGGAACUGUAAUCGAAACGCGCGCAAACGGAAUACAACGGAAAGGAAGGAAAGAAAAUGAAAGAAAAGGGAGAGUGAGUGGGAGGAUGAAAAUGUUCCUUCUCCGGCCGAUGUUCCAGCGAUUCUCGUAACUGCUUUUUGGCAAAAAGGUGCGAUUGUAUGUACAAUUUGUAAUAAUAAUAUAUUGGCUCUCGUCGUUAUCAUUCGAGGCGCGAGCGAGGCAAAAGUGCGCGAAUAAUCGAUGUGUGUGUGUGUGUGCGCGCGCGCGCGCUUAUGCGUGUGAAGAAUUAAAUCUGAAAUCAUGUCGAGAUUUCAUCCUGCUUGCGGAAAAUCGUGGACGCUCGUUAAUUAACGAUAGAAGA